GGUCACGCUAUAUUUAUUUUGUGCGUAGCAGUUGUUUACCACGGAACUGACAUAUUAAGAAUCUCCGUCGUUUUUCUGGGAAAAGUUGUAUCUGGUACCUUACACGAGUUACUUAAAGCAUCUAACUCAGUGAAGCAACGACGUACUAACUAGUGAAGAAGAGAAACCUUAUUUCCGUUCUUCACGGAGGAGCUACUUUCGCUUUCACAUCGUGCAACAAGACUGAUCUGAAAAUUUCUCCGAAAGUUGCAAAAUGGAAAUUAACAGUGUUCAGAAGGAGAAACCCUGCGAUAGAUACUCCGAUUACUACAUCGUCCGCUUUGAUCCAUGCCAGGAGCUGGUGCAAGGAGAGUUACUAAAGGCCUUAUCAAGCUCAUACGAUUUUAAUGUGAAAACAUUUGUCCUUGUUUACCCCGCUUACCAGGGAGGACAGAAGACGCCAUUAAUAGUGCGUUCCACUUGCAACGAAGCGUUUACCCGACUCUCAAACGAAGACGCUAGUUUACUUUUGCCUUGCACUACACCUGAAUCAAGGUAUCACGUAAUUAGUCAGCAAGGAAUGGUUGUUUUUGGACGACGUCUUCAGCCGGGGACAGAGGUGCUAGUCUCCUUUAAAGGAUGCCCUUGGAGUUUGAAUGACGAAUUUAUACGUGCUAGCGUGAAGUACAAGGGUGAAUUGCCGUCUGAAGUUGGAACGUUUUUCGGCUUGCAACUAAAGAGUAACGACGAUGCAAGAGGAAGUUCUGUCAGCAAUCAUUCCCCACAACUUCCAUCUUUCUCUUGGGCAUCACCAACUGUUAUUUUUGUUGGACUGGACAGGCUGAAGCCUCUAUUCUUAGAUGGAGAAGAACCUGAAUAUCCAGAACCAAGAGAAUUUCACGAUUACAAAACACACCUGCAGUAUGUUACACGGAAGCAUGAUCCACUUCUUAUAUCGCAAGAAAGAACUGACAAAGUAUCAGUACAGACUGGUCAGAAUGUCGUGACUCUUGCCGUGGGUUUUUCAACCGGAGGAACUAAACUACAGAAUAGUAAGGAGGAAUUUACAGAUGAAAACAAGGAAACAAUGACAGGCCUGCUUUUGGAUGAGAGGGCUGCUACAGUUAAAAUUGGCAAAGGACAUGCCUGGAAGCUGUUAAUGAAUGAAGAGCAAAUCGAGGAAGUUGAAACACACCCUGAAAAAGAGUCACCAGAACAUCAAGGAGUAUAUUCAACUGUGCAGCCGGUGGAAAUGGGACUAGGUCUUAAUGAGGUGUAUCAGGCUUUUGACGAAAAUCAGCCCAACACAUCCAACAGAAGAAAAGAGCAAACGAACCAAGAAAAGCAGCUUAGACAGAGAGAAGAAUGGGAAGAAAUUAUACGAACGGACUUGAAGGAAACGGAGCAAAGGUUAAGAAGUCAAACGACGGAGAAAGAAUCGAUAGAAACAUUAUUGCGCCUACAGCUAGAAGAAAGGAAACAGCGAGUAACUACUCUUCAGAGACAAUUGUGGGAGACGAAUCAACAGUGUUUAGAAAGAGAGGAACAAGAAGAAAUCCUACGAACAGACCUGGAUGAGAUGAGGCAUAGGUUAAAAAAUAAAAUGACGGAGAAGGAGGCAAGAGAAACUGAGUUGCAUCAACAGCUCGAAGAAAGAGACCAGCGCAUAACAAAAUUUCUGAUACAAUUGCAGAGACUGGAACGGCAGUUGAGAGAGAAAGAAGAUCGAGAAGAACUUUUACAAGAAAAUCUGAAAGAGAUGGAGCAACAAUUGCAGGACGAAAUGACACAGACAAAGUCGAAAGAAAAUUACCUGCAUAAACAGCUGCGAGAAAAAGAUCAGCAGAUGGAAGAAAUUCAAGAAAAACUGAGGGAGAUGGGACAACAGUUGGCACAGGAAGAUGAACGAGAGGACAUUUUCCAGGCACAGCUUAGAAAAAUGGAACAACGCCUGAGAGAGGAAGAAACUACGUUUAAUAUACGGCUCGAAGAUAAAGACAUGCAAGUAAAGAACUUACAAAAACAGGUGACAGAAACGGAGACGCAGCUUAGAGGGAUAGAGCGACGCCUGAAAGAGGAAGAAACUACAUUUAACAUACGACUCAAAGAUAAAGAUCAUCUAAUAGAGAACUUGCAGAAACAGGUGACAGAAACGCAGACGUACCUGAGAGGGAUGGAACGACGUCUGAGAGAGGAAGAAACUGCGUCUAACAUACGACUAAAGGAUAAAGACCACCAAAUAGAGAAAUUGCAGAAACAGGUGACAGAGAAAGAAGAACGAGAGCAAAGAUGGAGAGAAAAUUGGAAGAAAACUGAAACAAGAGAGACAUGGUUUCGUGCACAGCUUACUGAGAAAACGCAGCAAGUAUUAAACUUUCAAACACUAUGGAAUAUGAAGGAACUGGAGUGGACAGAGAAAGAAGAAUGUGAAAAAAAUUUACGAACGCAUAUAAGGGAGUUGCGGGAGCAGUUAAGAGAAAAGGAAAAUUUACAGGGACAAGUCAGAGAGAUGGAAGACCGAUGGAGGAAUGCUCAACGACAUCUUGCAGAAAAAGAAGUGGAGACUGCUAACUUAAGGCAACAAGUUGCUAACCUAGAGGAUCGAUUACAGUCAGAGCUCUGCGACUGGAUAAUCCCUCGCGAUGAGAUUCAAAUAUCGGACAACAGUCUCGGAGCUGGAGGCUGGGCAGAGGUGUUUGAAGGCAGGUAUUGUGGGUGCUCCGUCGCCGUAAAACAAAUCCAUGAGGUAAUCGUUUCACCUCAUAACCAGAGUUUGUUCCAGCGGGAGAUUGACAUCGCUUCAAGGUGUCGCCAUCCUUGCUUACUGCAGUUUAUUGGAGCAACUAAUGACGAGGGAAUUCCUCUGUACGUCACGGAGCUCAUGGAAACAAGUUUAAGGCAACUGUUAGAGCAGCGACCUCUUUCCAUGCCCGAAAUAUCUGUUAUUGCUCUGGAUGUAGCUCAAGCUUUAAACUACCUUCACCGAAAAAAGCCUUCACCGAUCAUCCACCGUGACAUCAGCAGUGGAAAUGUGUUGCUCUGGCGACAAGGAAAUCGAUGGAGAGGGAAAGUUUCAGAUUACGGCGCUGCCAAAUUUAAGGAACGGAAGAUGUCAAUUGGUCCUGGCUGUUUUGCUUACAGCGCUCCAGAAGUUAAUAAAUCUUCGAAUCAGACGGCUAAGAUUGAUGUGUACAGUUUCGGUGUUCUCCUGUGUGAAAUGUGUACCUUCAAGCAGUUUCCAGACCCCCAAAAGCGCUUAGCCCAGGUCAAUAUGGUGAAAAACCACGCCCUGCGGGAACUUGUGCGUCGAUGUCUGAAAACGAAUCCCAGGGAAAGACCAGACAUGACAGAGGUCAUAGUUGAAUUGGAGAAGUUACAUUAUAACCACAGUUAGGUCAUUGGCUUUUUAUUUGAUCUGUCCGAAAUAUACCCGAAGAGGAAGAGACUUAUUGUUGUGAGACUUGCAUGCGUUUAUUUAUUUUAUCUGUAAUGGUUGAACAUUUUGCAGAUAUACUGUUUUCGGGCAAUGUCUGUGUGGAUUUAUUUGGUACCAAUUUACAAAUGUUCUUAAUAGACACCGUCAGAAAGAAAACUCUUUUAUCAAUGUGUCAAUAGAAGCUGUUUCGGGGGAGGAUUUUCUUAGAAUCGUCUAAAUUUAUGUAUUGUAAAGCAUUUUACGGUGCCAAUAGGUUCUCUCUUGUUUAAAUUCGGAUCUCAAAAUUUAUUCGUAGUCCAUGGUAAAUCUCUAAAUAAAAAUAAAAAAGUAAAAAAAUGCGGAAAUGUGUGUUUGCGCUUGGCCAACUCGAAGAGCAAAGUUUUGGAUGUAGAAAUAACAAAAAACAAACAAACAAAUCAUAGAAACUAUAAGUUUCCAAAAGAAAAAGAGAGGAUAUUUGUAAUGUUACUACGGAGGUCACUUUUUCAGGACAUCUCCUCGAAAACUUAACUCUCGUGACAAGAUGUACUGGAGACGACAUCGCUUUUUAUUAAUUUUGUUAGUAUUAGGAUUAGCUCUUUGGAUAAGGAUGUUUCUGUGACAUGUUUACAUCACCAAAAUACUGCCAAGACACCUAACCACAAGCGUUCUUUCCUGAACACAUAAGCACGCGAUAUGGUGUUAUGCUAAGCUGUGUAAGGGUGAUUUGACUGCCGUUAUUCUGCAGAAAUGGCUCACUUUUAAUUACGUUUUCAAAAUAUCGAUUUACAGUAAGAGCUCGCUUAAAAGGAUGAACCAGUUGGGCUAAGAUGUUUAUCUUUACCUCCUUUUAUUUAUUUGUUUAUUUUUUACUUUAUUUUAUUUUUUUAUCUUUCUUAAUUGAACUUUAUUCAACACACAUCGGUUAUAAAUGAUACUACUUACAAAAAAUACUACUUUACCUCCUUUUAUUUAUUUGUUUAUUUUUUACUUUAUUUUAUUUUAUCUUUCUUAAUUGAACUUUAUUCAACACACGUCGGUUAUAAAUGAUACUACUUACAAAAAAUACUACUUUACCUCCUUUUACACAUAGGGACCUGCUUUCAACAUUCGAAACAGGUUCUUAUUUAAUGAUGAUCAUGAGUUAUUGUUUAUGUGGAUUACGAAAUUUCGCACGCAUGCUGCCAGUCUUCUUCAAACGAUGAGUGCGACCGUGAUUGCUUAGUUUUCCAACUUUGAAACCUAGGAAUUUUUGAUGAUGUUUCAUUGAGCUCUACGCUGUAGCAAGGCCUCCCUCCUGCAGGGUUAAGCGUUCUCAUCUUUUUUUUUUACAUUUUUGAUACAAGGUAGUCUUAUUCUUAUUUUAUAGAAUUUGUUUAAAACUAGAAACUCAUGUGCCAAUUGAGACAAACUCUAUGUAUCAAGCAAUGAUAAUAUCUAAACGUAGAUUGACAUGUUCACAG